UGCAACCAGAAGAAGCUUCUCUAACCUGUUUUAAAAAAAGUUUCAUUGUAAUUAUUCUACUAAGUAAUACAUUGUCGGAAUCAGCUUGAAUCAAGAAUUGAUUCUAAAUCAAGUCGUCACCUCAAGAAUUGUAAUCCGAUCAAAUCUUUCGGUGCACAAAGAUUCACACCCCUAUUAACUUGCAUGUAAAAUUUACGACAAACUACGAUACAAUUAGUCCUGCAGCGUGUUUACUUGUGUCAUCCGUUAGCAUCUAAAUAUCCUCCAAUAAGCACACAAGGUUGGUGGUGUAUUUUAGUCAAGGUAUUUACAACAGGUGAACAUGGUAGCCUACUAGGAGCCAGCAGCUACACAACAGUUGAGCACACCAUAGCACACAAGCUAGACAUACAGUAUGUCAUAAGUGUCCGUAAUAUGUUGCACAUUUGUCAAUAUAAACAAGUAUAAAAUAAUUAUAGUUGCAUUUUACAUAAAAAUACAUUUCCAAGGCAGAAACUUAUUAGAAAGUACCUAGUAACAAACGUGUUCGCAUCGUUGAUUUAUUUACUUCGUCAUGAUCUUAACAUCGUUAUUCUUGGUACAAGUUGUCGCCAAUAAACAAUUACCACACCACUUAAAUUUAAAGACAGUAUAGGUCCAUUCCAAAUGGUUAUCAAACAGUGUCUUUCGUGCCUGCCGUUGUUUUCGGAGUAUUUUUAAUUGAUCAAACCUUUUAACACUACAAAAUAAAUGUAUGUAUGAUUCCUGCUGAUAUCAGAUCGGAUUACGGUACUAUUAGUAUUGGCCAAUACUCAAGGCUGCAAUAUCUGUAUAAAGUUGUAUCGGGACACAUUCUAAUUUAAGUAUUUUUGAUAACAAAAAAAAACCUUUGGAUUAUCUUGUUGCAUGGUCAAAUAGUCAUUAAGUUUCGAAGAUGGGCUUUCCGUGGCCACACAAGAAGUGGAUCUGGGACUUGAGUGACGCCUCUAGUUAAAGUCAGUUUCUCAUAAAGGAAACUGUUUGUGUCAUGAUAGUUACGGUUGCUACAACAGAAGGAAGUACCCUGUGAGGAAGUCCCCUUAAAAUGUAAUGUUUGCACAAUGUUUUGGAAGGCAACAAGGAAGUGGAUCAUGUGUUAUAUAAAGACACACUACGCACGGUGAGAACAGUCAUGUAGAGAAUCUGUCACUAGAAGAGUUGCCAUGGCGCUUACAUCUGUUCUUAAAGCUCUGGGGUCUUUAAGUCUGUUCCUGGCAAAUUCAGCUCCAGCAGUUUCUGAGAAUCUUUCACCAGCCAUCAUUGGACCUGAGCACAUUCAAAUAAAGGCACAACCAGGGCAGUCAUUAAUUCUACAUUGUGAAGCCGUGACCAACAGUGAGCACGAUGUGACGCUCCUCUACUGGCUCAUCAACGGCUCAUUCCCUGAAGACAUUCCCAGCAAUGACAGAAUAACCGAAUUGGAGACAGCAACAUUUUUGGAUGGUGCAAUUGAGCAGCGGAGUUUGCUGCUAAAGAAUGUUAUCUUUGAGGACCUCGGCGCCACCUUCACCUGUGUGGUGAUGAAUAGUUUUGGUAUGGUUUACAAGAAUGUAACGCUCACAGCAAAAACUGGUGACUGUUAUGCGUGAAAAAAAAAAACAAUUUAAAAACAUACUUUUGCUAGCUACCAAUAAGGGGGAAAUGAAAUGAUCAUGUGAGGAUGUUAUUGUCUACACUGAAACUGUAUGUAAUGAAUUAUGUAAUGUGUAACUCUAUUUGGUAGUUAAUUUAUGAAUCAGAUAAUUACGUAUGAAGAAUUGUGCAGAUAUGUCUGGGUUUAGGAAAAAUGUAAUGCUUCUUCCGGCAGAGAUUAUUCAAGAGAUUAUUUUUUAUAUUGUUUUCAUAAUAAAACAAAUGAAUAACACAGUAACCUUGACAGUACCUAUAACUUUAUUUAUAAUAAAAAAUAUACAUAUUUA